AUGAGAUCUCGCAACAUUCUGCCUCUAUGGCUUCUUUGGCUAACUCAGGGACAAGCUUCAGUUCUGCCACAAGGCGAACAGAACUCACUCGAUUCUUUGGGCGACUCCAACCAAGAGUUCAAACGCGACCUCGAAACAUCUGCUUUUGAGUACUUGACAACUUACGACAAGGAAGAUAUCAUCCCGGUCACCGAGACUGUCAAAGUCAGCACCAGCAAGGCCGGCACUACUGCAACGGCUCAGGUUCUACCAUCUCUCUCGGACGUUGAGCCUCAUACCGAAGGUUUCAUUGUCACAGAUCUUUACAACCCUUUCUACACCAAAGCUGCUGUCCUGAGUACUUCAAUCCCCAGCCCAACAAGCCUUAUCAAGCCCGUCAAAACUACUACCAAGAACGCGGAACCUUCCGGACUCGUCAAGAUGGCUGCUGCUGCUGAUAUCUUUGCGAGCCCCAUCGAUACGAGUGCUCCGAUGUCAAUGUUUCAAAGGAAGACCACUCAUCCAGUUUCCAAGAAAGCCGUCAAACAGAACACCCCUAUUGGAACCAACAAAUUCUACUCCAACUUCUACCUGGAAGAUCAAAACACUCCUGUCUAUACAUACCCUUAUUCUCUCACAUGGGCAAAGGGUUCAGGCCCAGCAGCAAGCUGGGGCAUGGCUAUCUCGCACAUCGAUGGAGAUAAACGUUCGUAUGGUCCAGUUGGAGCUAACGGCGCCGUUGAAUUUUACUCCAACCCCGUCGGUAUCCAGUCCAUGAUCAUCUCGGCCAAGGAACUUGGUAAGAACACUGUUCUGACCAUGGACUCUAUCACCCCUCAUUAUGCCAAGGCAUACCUCAGCAAGGACAGCAAGUCGGCCGCUACAAUCACCUUUCCUCUCUACCAAGGCAGCGUCUUCACAACUGCCUACUUCAGCGGCGGCACACCCUGGAUCCAGACUGGCGUCUACUUCCGGACUAUGACUCAAGUGACAAAGGACCCUAAAUCCAACGUGCGCAAGUAUAACUUCGUGCUCGAGGAUGGAACCACAUGGCGCCUCUAUGCCUACAAGACAAAGGGUGAUCCUCUUACUCUCAAGGUUACCAACCAAGGUCUUGCUGCCUCAGCCAAGCCCUUCUACGGCUUUAUCCAGAUUGCCAAGGACCCCAAGGUCGGCCAGUCUGAAGCGGUUCUUGACAACGGCUGUGGGAUCUACGCAACUGGCAUGACUAUCAGCGGCACCAACGUUGGUUCUCAGGGCACUUACAAAUUCAACUGGAGCAAAGCUGGUCACUCAAGUGGAAAGCUCUGGAUCUUUGCUCUCCCCCACCAUGUCGACUCAUUUGAUGCCACGACCAAGAAGGAGAUGAGGACGUAUACCAUGCAAACCCUCACCAAGGGUGUGGCCACGGCUGUUGGCGGAGAUUCUUGGACCAUGGUCGAGCCAUCGCUUCCCGUUAACAUGGGCUUUGCUCCUUGGGAUCCUGUCAAGGGCAGCCGCGGUCUAUCUACCAAUGCCAAAAAGAUCAUUGCACCAAUUGCCAAGUCCGAGGUAUCUCAAGAUAUGGAUCAACAGGCCAACACCGAUUCCAUGUACUUCUCCGGCAAGGCCCUGGCCAAGUUCGGAUCGGUCGUCUAUGUCAUCAACAACAUGCUCAACGAUAAGGCGUUGGCACAAGCUGGUCUCGAGAAGCUCAAGACUGCAUUUGCUCGAUUCGGUUCAAACAAGCAAAACUUUCCUCUUGUUUAUGAAUCUGUUUGGGGUGGAAUAGUCUCCACUGCAUCUUACAAAUCUGGAUCACCUGGUUCCGACUUUGGUAACACUUACUACAACGAUCAUCAUUUUCACUUUGGCUACCAUGUUCUCACUGCAGCCUAUAUCGGCUCAAUGGAUAGCAAGUGGCUUGCCGCCAACAAGGCGUAUGUCAACACACUCAUUCGUGACUAUGCCAACCCCAGUACCAGUGACAAGUAUUUCCCUCAAUGGCGAAGCUUCGACUGGUAUCACGGACACAGUUGGGCUCACGGUCUGACCGCCAUGUGGGAUGGUAAGGACCAAGAGUCAAGUUCCGAAGACAUGAUGUCCGUUUAUGCCAUGAAGAUGUGGGGUACUGUGAUUAAGGACACUAACAUGGUCGCGAGGGCCAACCUCCAGCUUGCAGUCAUGUCUCGAUCUAUGCAGGCCUACUACUACUACACUACGACCAACACUGUCCAGCCUAAGAACUUCAUCGGAAACAAGGUGGCAGGAAUCCUGUUUGAGAACAAGGUACACCACACAACCUGGUUCAGUGCAGACAUCGAGGCGGUUCAGGGCAUUCACAUGAUUCCCAUUCUCCCAUUCUCCAACCUUGCGCGAACUGGAACGUUCGUCCAGCAAGAAUGGGACACUUACUUUAACAAGGGACGUGUCGACAAGUUCAACAACCUGUGGAAGGGUAUAAUCUACGGCAACUAUGCAACAGUUCAGCCCAAGACUGCAUGGUCUUUCUUCACAAAAUCCAACUUUGAUCCCAUCUGGAUCGAUGGUGGAGCUUCCAGGACAUGGUAUAUGGCGUAUGCUGCAGCAUUGGGUGGCAUUUAA